AUGGUCAAAAUAGCCAUCGCUGGCGGAUCCAGCACCGUCGCAAACGAGAUUAUUGAUGCUCUAGUCGCUACUCAGAGACACGAACUCGUCGUUUUGUCCAGAAAGGUUUCUCAUACACACAUAGAUAUACCAACCCACAAGGCGGAUCUGGGAAUCACCCAGAUGAAAACAACCUAUGAAGAUCAAGCCCAGUUGGUUGAGGUCCUUCAAGGAGUGCACACGGUUCUUUCUUUCCUUGUGACGCCAGAGGACCCAGCCAGCAUAGCUCAGAAGAAUCUGAUUGAUGCUGCAAUCCAAGCAGGCGUUAAGCGAUUUGCGCCUAGCGAGUGGGCCUGGUAUGCCUCAUUUUUGCCAGCUGUUUUCUCUCCGAUAUUGACCGUCUUCAGCUCCGAAUUGGACCAUAUUAGUUGGUACGCGUACAAAGGGGAAAUCCGCCGAUACCUCGAAGAGCUCAAUAAGGACAAAAAGGCAAGAGAUGACUAA